GGGCAAAGCUCCGAGGAGGCCAGUGCCCAGAGCAGGGGCUGAAAGGCCCACAAGGGCCUGGGGAGAGAAGUAGGAGAGAAGGUCCUGCUUUAGCAGCGUGAGAAGGGGAGGAAGAGAAGCCGCAGAGACAGCAGUGUCUGGAACGAGGGAGACAGCUGCCUGCCUGCUUUUGUUGCCCGGGUAAAUAUUUGACUCUGUGUUUGCCUUUUCUCUGGGCUUUUGGGUACAAGAACUGGGAAGAACACCAGCUCAUCAGCAGCAAUCGUCACCAGGAGCUGGAGGAGCCCAGAGCACAGUCCAGAGAAGCUUCCUCUGCCAGCAAAGUACCCACCGGGGCGACAGGUUGGUGCUUCUCCACCAAGAUGCUUCCCGAAAACACAAGGACCAGGCAAUUCAAUGGCACCUGUGCCAGCUCAGUGGACAUGGAGCUCUUCCUCCAUUAUUCCCUCAUCCCGUCACUCUUCAUCAUUUUGGUCUUGUCCUUCCUCCAAAGACGAGAGCAUCGUAGACAGAGAGAUGAUACCUCUUACCUUCUGGGGAGCCACUUUGGAAUCAUCAUGCCUCUGGACUUCGUGGGAACAUUUAGUAACCGAUGGUCAUAUGGAAUCGCCUUUGGGGCCACAGCCAAUAAGGUCAUGUUCCUGUUCUCAGAGGGCUACCAGCCCCUGCAGGUCCCCCAGUGGGCCCAAGCCUUUGUGCUUCUGAUCGGAGGCUUCGAAGUCGGCCUGGCCUACUUACCCUUCUUUGCCUGCCUCUCAUCAGAGUUCCGAUUGGUCAGCUCCAUCCUCGGCUUCUGCUACUCUCUGAUCUGGUUUGCCGUCACUAUUCUUCAAGUCUCACAGUGUCCCCAUGGGCCGUUUCUGGGGAGCUACGAGUCUGUUGUGUUCUACUGGCCCUCACUGCUAUGCCUGGCCUUCCUGCUGGGCCGCUUCCUGCACAUGUUUGCCAAGGCACUGAGGGUGCACCUGGGCUGGGAGCGCAGGGCGGAGGAGCAGCCAGUCCUGGGAGCACACCAGGCAGCGCACGUGAAGCGGCUGCUGAGGACGCCCCGCCCGCAAGAUGGAAAAACAACGUGGUUCCAAGCUAGGAUAUAUGAGUGGGACCCCUGCUUUCAAUUCCCUAGCAGAAUGACCGGAACUAUUGUGUUGGCCUUCAUCUGCCUGUACCUUUUCAUUGUCUUUGAGUUCUGCGUGUUUGUGUACGUGAGAGAUGAGUUGGCCGUGUUUGAAGGCAAGCUGGAGAGCUACGUCGCCUCUGUGAACCAUACAGGGACCCUGACCCCAGUCGUCCUGCAGGUGAAGGAGCUUCUCAGCAUCACCAAAGGAGUCUGGGUGCUGACUAUUUUGCCUGCCUCCCUCACCUGUGUGAGUUACCUGUUCCACAUUUUGGUCUGUUAUAGAAAGCACAUAAAGAGGCUGUGGGCAGGAGAUAAGCACUUUCUGCCUUUGAAGUUCCAUAAUCCUGCCUCGUCGCACAGUGUGGUGGCCAUUGCAAGGUAUUCUGGCUGGCAAAUAGCCUACAUUCUAUGGGGCUACCUCGUCAUCCAUGUGGUGCAGAGCUUGUGUGGCAUGGGGAUCAUGUACGGCCUGGUGCUACCUGUCGUCCACAACCAGGGCCUGGAGAUGCUCCAAGGUCUGGGCAUCGGGAUCCUCACCAUAUCCAUUGUCGUGGGUCUCAUGGUCCUGCAGGAGAGGAUCGCUGCCAGCUUCUUUCUCCAGCCCAAGCUGGGCACAGCUGAUAAGCAGAAGCCCUUGGCUCUGAACAACAGGAGAGCGUUCCACAACUUCAACUACUUCCUGUUCUUCUACAACGUGCUGCUGGGCCUGGGUGCCUGCCUCUCCAGGCUGUUCAUCAGCUGCAUCCUGGGCACGUGGCUCAUCGCGCGCAUUGAUAGGACCAUCAUGCAGAGCGGCUACGAGGGAGCAGACAUGGGGUUCAGCGCAUGGAUCGGCAUGCUCUACGUGGACCAUUAUCACACCAACCCCGUGCUUGUCAGCUUUUGUCACAUCCUGAUCACAGACCACAGGGAGAGGAAGCUGCAGCAGGCCAUCAAGUACCUAAAUCCAUCCUCAGGUCCACGCUUUUCAGCCAGGUCCAGGACAAGGUGGCUCCUGCUGCAGACCCUGAUGAAUAACCCCAGACUCAUCAUGCUCAGAAAACCAAAAUCAGGGCACGGCUCCCAGGAGUUUACCCAGAUGAUGCUAAAUUGCUCAGAGUGCUGACACCAGCCCCUAACAUCUGCUCCAAGGCCAGGCCAGGAUGUCUGCCUCCCAGAGAAGACUAAGAGCUAAGUCUAGCCAACAGCUGCCCCUACAAUGAGAUGGGAUGGCGCAGCCCUGUCCACACAGAUGGCAGAGAAUAUUGUCCACUCAGGCGAUGGCCACCUGGACUGAGGGAUGAAGUCUCAGGAUUAUUUCACUCCUUCGGUAAAAUAGAUCAAAAACUAAAGAAAUGUCUAUUGAACAAACUUUGCCCAUUAAUGACUUCCACUCUUCAUUGUAGCCUUGGGGAGCUCGUAGCAGCCUUGGGGAGUCACCUUAAGAACCAUUAGUUUACAUACAAGGCAGAACUUUGUACCACUGAGGAAGGUGGUAAAACGUCAGCAUCAGGAAGUCUAACCAUUAGAUCCUCUUUUCUCUGGCACAGAGCAUAGCCUUCAAUCCUACAGCGUCCUCACUGCUUUCUUCUUUCUUAACUUUGUGGUAGGUGGGAGAGGAGGAACUGCAUGAUCUCAGCCCCCAGUCUGAUAGGACAAGCAGGUACACGUUGAGCUCUCUCACCCAGGCCACUGGAAUGAGGAAUGGGCAGAGCUGACCUGAGCCUUGGUCACAAAAUAGACACAGAGAUUCCCUCUGACAAGGGUUAGGUCACUGGGAAAGCCACUUGUUUGAGAAUGCAGACAGGGUCGAUACGCAUUCUGGGUGGGGAACAACAAGAACAAAGGUAUGUGAGUGGAUGAGCCCCAAGAUGUUUGGGAAGUGAGAACCAUGUGGCAGGUGGAGGUUCAGUGUCUGGGGAGGCCUGAAUCCCAGGUAGGAUGCUUGGAUAUUUGACCCUGUGUAGGGCCAAGUACUUACCCAAAUUUUUCAUGCUGAAGCAUAAGGACCUGUCCCAGAACCUGUGCAAAAUCUGUUCAAAGUUCCUGAUGAAGACUGUGCAAGUAUUAUAAGGACCCACCAACAGGGCAGAGGGGAAUCUCUAGCCACCUCAUGAGUCCCAGAGUGUACAAUAGAGCAUAGGGUUAAAAGUGCAUCAGGUGAUCUGGGCAAAAUCCAAGAAUCAGUGCUGGCCAUGAGUACUGAAAACAGCAUUCACUAAACACAGCAUACUGUCCCAGGCCUAAGUCAUAUAUUAGCAGUGAUAAGAUUAAGGCAAGACAGAGUGCGGUAAACAGGAUGUGUUAGAGUUCAAUUCUGCAGUUAAAGAAAAACUACUUGUUCUUUAACCUUUACUCUCUCUUUGAAGCUUUACACUAUGCUGCCUGAGAUUUUAAUAAAAGCCAGGGAAGAAGUUGGAGGGGGCCACACCCUUGUUGCUCCUUGUGGAGAGCCUGCUGUGUUGGCCUCCCCAAUGCAAACUGACCAAAUAGGUGUCAUUCAUUUGCAUCAAGUCCCACAGACACCAGAGUAAUUUUAAUUUGGCUGAUAAAUAAACAUGUCGUACAAACCCAGUCCUAUUACAAGGUGUAUUUGCUGGUGUUGUCUCUGUUAGCCUAAUCUCCACAACUAAGACUUGCCAUUCUGCUUGUAGAAACUUAGAAAACAAGGACUCAGAGUGUUGGGAUCUCCAAACCCCCACUUUGUAGCUGUGUGACAUUGACUAAAUUACUUUGCUGUCUUUAUUCACUUUCCUUACCUAAAAAGAGGUUAAUAUCCCCUAACACCCAACAUCAUUUUGAGGAAAAAAUUAGUUCAUACAUAUGAAUGCCUUAAGCUAGUAUCUGACAUAUCCAAAACUCUCAGUAAAUAUCAGUGACUGUUAUUUGUCAUAACUCUUUGUGAAGGAUCUGAUUAAUAUCUACUUGCCCCUCAAUUAGGUAUCAGCUCCAUGAAGAAAGACAACUUCCUAGGUUUUGUCCACCAUUGCCAAGCACACACCUGUAACAUAACAGAAUAUUGGAAUAAAUAAAAGAAUGAAACAAAAAUGAAGAAAUCUUUUGACAAUGAAUUCGCUUACCAAAAUCAAUCAUCAUGGUUUGAAUGAGUAUUAAGCUAAUACCUGUGGGAAGCCCAUGAUGAAAUGAAGAGGCUAACAUGUGAACAGCCUUCUGUGAUCUAAUCCUCUACAUGUAGCAUGGGCUUAUAUGAAGUUCUCUGGGAACCUGGAAAAGGAAACUACUAAUUCUGCCUGUGUAAAGUUAAAGAAGACUUCUCAGAAGAAGGGGCAGUGGGCUGGAAUCUGCAGAUGUGAUGUAGGGCGUUUCUCCCGUGUGUUGGGUGAAAGGCAAGGCAUGCCAGCUCUGAAGUUCUGUGUUCUGGGAGUCUGGAGAUCAUGCUAAAUGGAGACAUCAUAAAGAAAUCUUGUUUCAGGGCCACUAGGCCUCUUGUUUUCAGGAAUAAAGAUGAGGUAGCCAUAUAAUAUGUUAAAAGAAAUAGGCAAUAUUGACUAUACUUGGGACAUACACCCACUAUCCCUCUUUGCUUCAAGAUUUAUCAGUAGACUUAUAGACUGGCAGGCCCUGAAUAGUGAGUUACAAAGUGGGAGCCAUGAGAAAGUAUGCUGUACUCCAAAUCACUAUGGACUAUUCCCAAUUUAUACAGAUAGAAAUCUAAGGGAAUUGUAUGGAAAAGGACAUUAAGAGUGUGUGAUAAUGGUGGAAGGAAGAUAAAGUUGGAUCAGGCUGUACUUAUUGUUAUGUACAAGUCACUGCUGUAUUUCCAGGACUUACAAAGGGCUCUAAUAGUUGGUUAGAUGA